GAGUCUCCUUCUCUGGAGAUAUCCAAGACCCAUCUGAUGCCCACCUGUGCAAUAUACCUAUGGCAGGGAGCCUGCCUUAGCAAGGGGUUGCACCCAGUGACUUCCCUAUGUACCUUCUAACCCCUAUGAUUCUGAGACUCUAUGAACUAUGAAAGCAAUAGCAACAUGCACUUCUGUUUUUAUUACCACUGUCUGUGUCUUUUGGGACGGCUUUAACCACAGCUGUGAACGUGGUUGGGGUCCUUUAGAUGGCCACUUUUGCAGUUUGUUAUGCAUAUGGCCAAUAUGGGGGAACAUAAGGACUACCACGAACUCAAACUUCCAGAUACUCUGGUAUGUGAAUACUGGACUUUAAUAUUUAGAUUUACCUCAAGAGCUUGAGCUGGGAGAAAAGAUGUAUGCUUGUGCAGAGCGUUAGAAGCAACAUCGUCCAGAACACAACACCGAGGACUACCAUAGCACUAAAGUGAGUGUGAACUGCCUCGAGGUCUGGAGAAACACAGGAGUGGGUCGGCUCAGCGAGAUCGGUGCUGAGGUUCCGCAGCACCCCUGCGUUAGAACAACCCUUGGCUGCAGCCGGGCGAACGUUUGGGGUUCUUCUCCCGCACGGCCGGGCCGCGGACGCCCGCCCUCCCCCGCCCCCGGGGCGCGGAGCGACAUGGCGCCGGGGCUCCCCGCCUCCCUCCCGCCUCUUUCUCCACCCCCUCCCGCUUUGGCGCCAAACGGCGAAGGAGAGCGGCGGGAUGAGCGGCCAUCAGCCCGGCCACGUUAACGGUUUUGGUGAUGAAGCAUCCUGUAAAAAACGAGAGGAUUAUCUGGAAUGGCCUGAAUAUUUUAUGGCAGUUGCAUUUUUGUCAGCACAGAGAAGCAAGGACCCAAGUUCUCAGGUUGGUGCCUGUAUUGUAAAUUCAGAAAACAAGAUUGUUGGAAUUGGGUACAAUGGGAUGCCUAAUGGCUGCAGUGAUGAUGCACUACCUUGGACAAGAACAGCAGCACAUAGAUUAGACACAAAGUAUCCUUACGUGUGCCAUGCUGAACUGAAUGCCAUCAUGAACAAAAACUCAGCUGAUGUGAAAGGGUGCAGCAUGUAUGUUGCCUUAUUUCCAUGUAAUGAAUGUGCAAAGCUCAUCAUCCAGGCAGGCAUAAAGGAAGUUAUUUUUAUGUCUGACAAGUAUCACGACUCUAUUGAAAUGACGGCGGCACGGCGGAUGUUUGAUUUAGCUGGUAUUGUAUACAGGGAAUUCAAGCCAAAAUGUAACAAGAUCAUCAUUGACUUUGAUUCAAUUAACAGCAGACCAAGUCAGAAACUUCUGUGAAUUAAGUCCCAUUAUAUCUCUAGAAGACUGUGAUUAUCCUUCUCUAAAAAGCUGCUAAUGCCUUUCAUCUUGAAGUUACUUGCAACUUUUUAAUGGCUUCUACAGUAAAGUAGACUUCUAAGAAAUGUAAGGCAUAAAACGUUCCCCUCACUUCAUCUUGUCAUGUGGAAUCUAAAUCAACUUAAAAUUUUUAAUGCCUUUAUCAAAUCUGCUUUAAAAGUCUAGAGACAUGUAGAUGAGACAAUAUAAUGUAUGUACAGAAAACUGUUCUGGUUCUUGCUGCAUUCAUCACCACAUGCUCUGAUUGGUUGACAACAAACACUGAUUUAGACUCAGUUAAACAGCAGUUUUUAUUGUAACCAGUAGUACAUUCAAAUAUGCUAAUAUAUGUUGAUCUCUAUUGGAUGUGUGGAUCUAAAUAGCUGAUCCUAAUAAAUGACAAAAUGUGUUGUCCAUACAAAUACUAAUCUUCUAACUUGCAUAACACUAGUAUUUUAAAAGGUUAUACAGAUUAAAGUAUAUAUAGUAUUUUACAUGUGUUACCCAACAAAAGGAAGUUGAUUUUUCUAUUAACUGCUAUCUAAUACUGUUAUACUUGCGCAGCGGUGAGACAAGAAGUUGUUCUGAGAAUGGUUGAUGCUGGAGCAAGCUUUAGAGACCUUUCAAUUCUUUUUUUUUUAACCAAGACUCCAGAAUUGAAAGGAUUAGCAGGAGUAUAUCAUUUUUCUCUUACCUUUGGGACUCCUAUUUGGAGUAGGUUUUCAGGUAUAGAAGGAAAUUAGUUUAUCGGUCUAAGUUCAUUCUAGAUGAUCCAACACAGUUCAGUCUUAAAAUUAACCUGUAAGAUAACUCAAUCAUUUUUUGUCCUUUGAGAGAAAUUGGAGAUACUCAACCCAUAUCCACAUCUGUGCCAAAAGUGGUAAUUAUUAUGGUGUUAGCUUGUUUCCCAGUGCUGGUGUAGUACUUUCAUUUCAUAAAUGUUGCCUAAAAUAAUAUCCUUUUUAAUUUUAUUUUGAGAUCUGGGAAUAUAUUUUG